UUAGAUUUCCUCCUUCAGAUUCUUCAUUUCCUUUUUUUGCAUACAACAACAUACUCUACACUCGAUAGACAAUAAUUAUAAUAAAUCAUCUAUAUCAACAUGGGUCGUGUUAAACUUGAGAUAAAGAGAAUAGAGAACCCCGCGAAUCGACAAGUUACAUUCUCAAAGCGUAGAAAUGGUCUCAUCAAGAAAGCCUAUGAACUAUCAAUCUUAUGCGACAUUGAUAUUGCCGUUAUAAUGUUUUCUUCAUCUGGACGUGUUCAUCACUUUUCCGGCAGGAAGAGGAUUGAGGAUGUUCUUACUCGUUACAUUAAUCUUCCUGACCAAGAAAGAGAUAAUGCUGUAAGUUUUCCUGAGCUACCUUACCGCAGGGGUAUUCAAAAUAAGGAGUAUUUGCUUAGGACCCUUCAGCAACUAAGGAGUGAAAAUGACAUAGCACUUCAACUGGCCAAUCCGGGAGACAUUAACUCUGAGAUUGAGGAACUCCAACAAGAAGUUAAUAGGUUACAACAACAACUUCAAAUGGCCGAGGAGCAGAUAAGUUGGGACCAUGAAAGCAGGUUAUACGAACCCGACCCAUUAAAGAUGACAUCCAUGGAAGAUCUUGAAAACAGCGAAAAGCAACUAGUAGAUGUCUUGACACGUGUCAUACAAAGAAAGGAAUAUUUGUUGAGCAACCAUCUAUCUACAUAUGAUCCAUCUGGUAUUCAGGGAAUACCAACCUCUUUCGAGAAUGUAGGUUGGUUGCAGGAUGGGAGUCAGAACCAUGCCCAAAUAUUUGAUGCAUCUGCUCCUUUAGAUCCUCUCAGGGACUUGUCUUCUACCGUGUAUGGUUCAUUCUCCCAAGGAACAAGUUCAAAUGUUGAUCCACGAGGCAUGGGAGAGUGCCACGUGUCAAAUCCAAGCGAUGGGAACCUUCAAGCAUGGCCUCAAGGGUACACCUUGUAUCCUCACAUGCAGCAUGACAUGGUGGGACCUGACAUGCCAGACAUGAUGCCACAUGGGCAAGUGAACAUCCCAAUCACUGCCUCACACGUGGAACCACCCAAAAAUGAACAUGUAGAAUAUGACCAAUCUAAGCAACCUCAUCAUCAACAUCAACAUCAACUUAAUGCUCAAUGACACAUGCAUGAUGGCUAAUUAUCACCAUUCAGAUGCCAAGUCCCAUUUUUACUCAUUUUUUUAGCUAUAAAUGUCAAGCAUGUGGCUUCAUGAUGCCAUGUUAACUUGGUAUGUGUAAGAUUACGUACAUGAGGAUCAUGUGCAUAGAAACUAUACUUCCAAUGGUUCUUGUAUUACCAAAUAAAAAAAAAAUUAGAAUAGUUGAAAAGAAACAACAAGUGAUUUUUUAUUUGUUCUCAUUUGCAUUAUAGGAACGAUCCAUUUUUAUGAUGAUAUAACUGGGCCUCAGCCCGAUGAGUCUAA